AUGGCGAAUAUGACAACUGUCCCAAUAGUUGACAUAACCGGAUACGGCCUUGACGUAGUCAAUGAGGACAAGGUGGACACAGAGACUGUCCGUUACAUGGCAGAUGAUAUAUGCAGGGCAAUGAGAGAUAUCGGUUUCUGUUAUAUCAAAAACCAUGGAAUUCCUCAAUCUAAGAUUGAUCAAAUGAAUACAGUGGCGAUGGAAUUCUUUGACAAACCAGUUGAGUACAAAAAUGCUUAUCAGAGACGACAUAUUACUGGCAUCCAUGGAUGGGCACCUCGAGAUAUGGAAACGUUAAAUCCAGACCGACCCAGUGACUUUAAAGAAGCGUUUAACUUCACACCGAUGGACGCCGAUGGGAGGUUCCCUGACGUCCAAGACUUUGAAGUAACAAUGACAGAUUUUCUUCUUAUUUGUCACAAAAUGACUCUUAGAAUACUAGACCUGAUGUCAAUCGGCCUACAUUUAGAGGACAGACAAUUCCUCCGAAAAUGCCAUAAAGCUAUUGGUCAGAAAAAUAGUACUACAACACUGAGGGUCAAUUUUUACCCAGCAUUACCGUCUGACGAAGAUAUGAAACCGAACCAGGUUCGAUGUGGAGAACACUCGGACUACGGUUCCCUCACACUACUGUUUCAGGACGACGUUGGAGGACUAGAGGUACGUAACGUUGAAGGCGAAUAUAUUCCAGCUCCCCCAAUUCCUGGUACAGUGCUUAUCAACCUCGGAGAUAUGAUGCAGAGAUGGACCGCUGAUGAACUCCUUGCCACAAAGCACAGAGUGUUGAUCCCCGAUGAUGAGAUGACAAGGAGAAAGAGUCGUCAGUCUAUCGCCUUCUUCGCAGUACCUGAUAAUGAUGUGAUGAUAGAAUGUCUGGACAAAUCCGAUAAAUACGAACCCAUCUCGAGUCUGCAGUUCAUACAAGAGAGAAUAGCACCAACAUAUUGA